UGUUAGCAGUAAAUUUUGAGAAAGGCUCAAGAAACUUAGUUCCCUUAUGUUGCAUUAAAAUUUAUCAGUCUUUGUAACAGUUGUACAGUUUUUGGCUUUCUGAAACUAAAGUAGUUACAGACUUAUAAUUUGUAUUCUCCUCUUUCAAGUUUCUAGCUGAAUUGAAUUAUUAGAUUCUAAAAUUGUUAUUGUUCAUAAUAUAUAUACUGAAUGUAAAAAGAUAACAGAAUUGUCAAGGAAGCAUGGCUAGUUUUGAAAAUGAUGAGCUGCAGAAGAUACCAGAAGAAACUGAUGCACAACCAUAUCAUGAAACUUUGCAUUCUAAAUUUCAAAGGCUUUUAUCCGGGAAACAAAGUGCAUCAGUUUCUAUUCCCAUGGAGUCAUAUGAGGUAGAAACUAGUCUCGUGGGAGAUAGCGGUUCAUUAUAUGCUACAUCAGAAAGUGAUAAUCUUAUGCAGCAUAGUAUAGUUGUAACAGGAAACAUAGCACAGGAGAGCACAGAUGAAUUUUCUACUGUUGACAGCACGGCUUCAAAGUACUGGCAUAAAAGCUAUGAUAGCAUAAAUGAACAUUUACUGAGAUCUGGGAAACUGGGAAUUUGUAAUGAUCCUUAUUGUACUACUUGUCCUUCUUACUUCAAGUCUUCUCGGCUAAGAAAUCCAAAAGCUUGUAAUAUACCUGAUCCGAAGUUUCAGAAUGCUCUUAAUGGGGAUGCCAAAGUAUUUGCAAGAAAAUUUUGUUCUCUGUGUUCAUCUUUUGUUCCUGGAGUUAUGAAUCCUCACUCUAAAUUCAUACAACAAUGGAACAAGGUUCUUGCCAGUUUUUGCUUGGUUGCAAUUUUUGUGGAUCCAUUAUUUUUCUUCUUACUCUAUGAUCAUAAUUGUAUAGUUAUCAACUGGAAAUUGACAAAAGCACUUGUUAUAGUUAGAACCAUGAAUGACUUCAUAUAUUUCCUUCACAUUCUUCUCCAGUUUAGGUUGGCUUUUGUUUCUCCUGAGUCAAGGGUGGUUGGUGCUGGAGAUUUAGUUGAUCAUCCAAAACAAAUUGCAUUUCAUUACCUUAAGGGUUAUUUUCUUGUUGACUUGUUUGUUGUAUUUCCUCUUCCUCAGAUCAUGUUAUUGUCUGUACUACCAAAAUCAUUGAGGGGAGCAAAUUAUGCUAAGAAUGUUCUGCGUGCAGCUAUCCUAGUGCAGUAUAUUCCCAGAUUAUUCAGAUUUCUGCCUAUGCUGUUUGGUCAGUCUCCAGCAGGAUUCAUAUUUGAGUCAGCAUGGGCAAAUUUCAUUAUAAAUCUUCUCAUUUUCAUUCUAGCUAGCCAUGUUGUUGGCUCUAUCUGGUACCUAUUUGCUCUACAGAGGGUUAAUCAAUGUUUUCGAAAUGCGUGCCAAAGUUCUCAUAUCCCUGGAUGCCUGGCAUUCAUUGAUUGUGGACAUAGCCAUGUUGGGGACAAUCGGCUUGGCUUAUCAUCAAACCAGUGGAACAACAAUGCAGAUGCUAUUGCAUGUUGGAAUUCCUCUUCCAGCGGUUCUUUUUCUUAUGGGAUUUAUAACAAUGCUGUACCUCUUACUACACAAGCAGACAUCGUCACCAAAUACAUAUAUGCUCUAUUUUGGGGAUUACAGCAAAUCAGUACUCUGGCUGGUAACCAAACACCAAGCGACUUUGUGUUUGAAACCCUUUUUACUAUAGCCAUCAUAGGAUUGGGACUUUUUCUUUUUGCGCUUCUCAUUGGAAACAUACAGAACUUUCUUCAAGGUCUUGGACGGAGGAGGCUAGAAAUGCAACUUAGACGCGGUGAUGUUGAGCAAUGGAUGAGUCAUAG